AUGGCCUCCCUCUUUGCCGGGAAGGUCCUGAAGGCCAACAGGGAAGAGGACGAGGUGGAGACGGAGCGGGAGCUGAGCCGGGCCCUGGACAACAAGGUCCUGCUGCUCUACUUCGGGGCCGGGGGGUGUCCGCGCUGCCGCGGCUUCUCCCCCAUCCUCCGGGACUUCUUCCUGCGCCUGACGGACGAGUCCUACGUGGAACGGGCUUCCCAGCUGGUCCUGGUCUACGUGUCCCGGGACGAGACCCGGGAGCAGCAGAGCAAGUUCCUCAGGACCAUGCCCAGGCGCUGGUUGGCCCUGCCCUUCGGAGAUGACUUCAAAAG